AUUGAACACUGCAAUACGAUUUAUUUUGUCAAUGUAAUGUAACUGGCGUCAUUUUAUAUCAAGUGACGUUUUAAUUGUAUGACGUCUAAUUUAACAGAGCGUUUUUAAAGGUUAUCAGUUAUGGCAGACUUUCGAACACAGAGCAUCUGCCGUUCAUCAUAAUGAUGCAUAUAAGUUAUGGGAAUAAAAUUUAGUUUCCCGUUACAACAAAUACCUAUAGCAUAUCACCCAGCUUCGUAUUUUACAUGCAUUGGAACUCGCAGAAAGGACGAUUAUACUCAAGAUACAACAUUUUUUCACAAGCUGCAAGAAAGAUAUUGGGAAGAUCUUUUAGAAGAGCGUACCAGAGAACUUUUAGCUAAAAAUAAGUUUAAAGAUGUGGAUGUGGAAGCGCAACAUAAAAAAUAUGUCGAGAAGUUCCCAAAAUUCACACUUGGGGAAAUAUCAGAUUUAAAAUUACAAUUUCAAACCUUUGAUUUGAACCAAGACGGACUAAUCGAUUGUAAUGAAUUGAUGCAAGUUUUGGAUGACUUGGGAGAUAAAUCAAGUCUAGAGAAACGACAAGAAUAUUUUGAAGAGAUUGAUGAGGAUGGAUCAGGUGCAAUCGACUUUGAAGAAUUUAUGGGCUUGAUCUACGACCUAAAGUACAUGCAAAGCGACAAGAAGAGCGGCGAGGACAUUCGGUUACUAUGCAAGCUUGGAAACGAUCAUUAUACAUUGCGAAAACUAUCACUCAGUGAAAAAAUGUCACGCGGUUUAUUUUAAAAUUUAAUACAAAUACAGUAAUAGUAUAAAAAUUUCCAGAUGGUGUACAUUUCUUGUUCGGCUCCCUAUCUACUUUGUUUUGAUGGGUUCCAGGAGUUAUUCACUAGUGUAAAAAUCUUAGUAUAUUUGGAUGAGGCAUUUGUUAAAUGGCAACGGUUAUAUUGAGAAGCAGUUUGUUUCGUUUCUUUCCUGCAAACAAUGAUUACAAGAACGCAGUGUUUAAAAUAGAAAAUACUUUUUUGAAUUAAAUCCUUUCGCCUAAGGUGGUGUAGGAGAAGAAAAGUAAAGGCUGUAGACAGUUGCUUACAAAAAGUUUGAUUUUUUUUCUAAAGGACAUAUUUGACGUCAAAUUUGAAGUCAAUCAUUUAAAUUGUUUCUAGCAAUAUAACCAACUAUUACUAGUUAGUCAUUUCCUUGUUGGUCAUUUCCUUGUUGAUCAUUUCACUCUUAUGUUAUCUUUUUAGUCCCAGAUGUCAUAAAUUUAACUUAGAAAACACAACUUGUGAAAAUCAUUAAACCAGGGCCGCCUCUCAUUGCUUACGCCAUUAAGAAGAACGAAAUAAAACUUUCUAAGAUGGAAAGACCAAAAUAUUUUUAGAAUUUAGUAGCAAUUUAAAAUGUACAAAAUGUCCAUUGAGUUGAAUACCAACUAAAAACGAAUAUUAGGAAAAAGGAAACGGCUGUGAAAACUUAACAUUAUGAAAUAAUUAAAAACCUCUUCCCCCUCCCUUCUAGCUAUACAUACACAUAUUUGCGAUUGCAUUUAGGUAACCAAUUUGUUAAUUUGUGUCCCUUUUGGAGAUUCCAAUAAAAUAUGUAAUAUAUGUUUUUUGCUUGGGAUAAAAUCUCUUAUCGAACGGAUUUAAAAUGCAAGCAAUUAAUAUUAGACAAUAUGAUUAUUUUUUUCUCAGAAAUCUCCGCGAAAAAGCGUUAUCGAAUUUAUAAAACUAUUGGAGGUCUGUAUUUAUGAAUAGACGGCCAUCUCAUCGAUAACAACGAUUUUUUUAUUUCACACAUUCGAAACGCACUUCAGUAUAGCUAUGACUUAUCAAGUUAUGGUACAAAGAAGAAUGCAUUAUUUACUUCGUUGAAUUCCUUCUCGUAUCAGUAUUUUCUUCCAACAAAGCAGAAUUAGAAAGAAAUGGAUUCAUUCUAUUCGGUGGAAAGAUUUGCCUAAAGAGGGUGAGAUGUGUUCCCUUCAUUUUGAGAAAGAGUGCAAACGAAUUCAUAAAAGCAAAUGUGAAAAAAGCCUCAAACCUGAUGCAAUUCCUACCAUCCAUUGCCAUUGCAAUGACAUCAAUUACAAAGAGAAUCGACUUAAACAGUUAGAGGUCAGUUUAUUCAAUGUUAAACUUUUUGAUAGUGUUGUUCAAAUUGUUUACUUAGGUCACUGUUACCUAAUAUGUGUUCUUUGGUAUAUAAGAUGCAAGAAGAAAAUGACGAAUGUUUGUUUUGAGAAUCGAGCAAUUUAAUGAUGUUAUGAGCAAGUUAGCGAUUGUGCGAUUACAAAAGCAAAUGUAAGCAAGUUCGGAAGACUGUGGUCGACGCAGCCACGCAAACUGACAUUAUUAAGAGACCUUGUACGAAGGCAGCACAAACCAGCACAGCGAAAUGGUAGGGUAGCCUUCGUAAACAUGCAAUACUAGAAGCCUAAGGAUGUUUGAAGCGAAAAUUAUUGGGAUAAUUGUCCUUUAAGAAAUAAAAAAUAAAAAUGUUGAUACGAAACGGAAACAGUGAUGUUGUAGGUAGCUUGGAUGAAGGCAGAUUUGUAAAUAGUGAAGUUGUAAAUAGUAAUUUUUUAAACGAAUUAAUUGUAAAUAAUAAAAUCAGUAGUAAAUAUGCAUGUAGGCUACCUAUUUCCCCCCAUCUUUUCAUUAUAGUUCUACCUUUUUUGUGUGUCCUUACAUGGUGCCAUCAAUUUAUUUAUUUUUAAUUAGUCUCUUCUUUUUUUUUUUUUUUUUUUUUUUUUUUUCCUUGUUCAAUGUGUCUACUUACUCUACCGGCACCAUUUCGUACUCUGUGAGCCCAUUUAUUUCAUUAUGCACUUAGAUUCAAUAUAUUUUUUUACUGAUCUUAUAGAUUUUAUAGAUUUUUAUAGUUUUUAUUUUUUUGUAGGCAGAAGAACCAUU